AUGAGAACUACAUCGGUAUCACAACAAGGGGGUGAUAAUAAUGAUACAGAAAAAGUUAAGAAAUCAAUUGUUAUUCGAUCAUUUCUUGUUAAAUAUAUUUAUCAACCAGAAUAUAUCUGGUAUUCUAUUGGUGUCAUUGUUCGAAUUCUUUGGACGUUAAUUUUUUCACAAAAAGGCUAUAUUCAUCCAGAUGAAUUUUUUCAAGGUCCAGAAAUCGUUUUUGACGAUAUAUUUCGAACUAAUUUAACACGAACUCAUGAAUUUAAUUCAAAAGCACCACUUCGUUCAGUAGCUAUUCUUUAUUUACUCUAUGGUCUUCCUGUAUCAAUUCUUUCAUGGCUAUCAUCUAUUUUUCAUUGGUCUUCAAUACCAUUUCAUCUUAAACUAGUUUUUCCACGCUCUACAAUACUUUUAUUAUCAUUAUGUACAGAUAUUCUUUUUUAUCGUAUGAUUAAAUUAUCUUAUCCAAAUUUAAAUUCUAAACAAUAUGGAAUAAUAAUGAAUUAUUAUGGUAUAGCACAUGUAACACUUGUUUUUUUUACACGUACAUUAUCAAAUUCAUUUGAAGCUUUUCUUUUUCUUGCUCUUAUUUAUUUUGUUAAUAUAAAUAUUUCAUUAUUAUUAUCAAUUAUUAUUGAUUCAUCAAAUGAAUUUAGAUCUCAUAAUGAUUCAAAUCAAAAUAUAGUACAAUCAAAAUAUCAAUCAAUUCAUAUUAAUUUUCAUAUUAUUUUAACUUCAUCAUUAAUUGGUUUAAUUUGUGCUUUAGGUAUUUUUAAUCGUCCAACAUUUCCAGCUUUUGCUAUUGUUCCAAUUAUUUAUUGGUUUACAAAUAUAGUUCCAUUACUUAAUCAUUCAUUUCGUUAUCAGUUAUUAUUAAGUCGUAUAAUAGGAUUUAUUAUUGGAACAUUUAUUAUAACAUCAUGUUUACUUAUAUUUUUUGAUUCAUAUUAUUAUAAUAAUGGAUUUUCAUUUAUUAUGGAUUUAAAAAAUCAUCUUAUUAUUUGUCCAUUAAAUUUUAUUUUAUAUAAUACUGAUUCAAAUAAUUUAGAUCAACAUGGUUUACACCCAUGUUGGCUUCAUUUUAUUGUUAAUGCAAUAAUUUUAUAUGGUCCACUUCAUUUAUGUAUUGUUUUAUGGAGUCUAUUUCAUAUAUUAAACAUUAAACAAUAUGGACAAUCCAUGAUUGAUCGAAUUUUAAAAGUUUUUCAUAAAAAAUCUAUAACAACUAGACAAUCAGAACAAUCCACCUCACCAUUUCUACUAUGUCUUUAUUUGGUACCAUUUUUUCCAUUAUCAACAUUUCCUCAUCAAGAACCUCGAUUUCUUCUUCCACUUAUUUUUCCAUUAAUACUUUUUAUCGUACCUCUACUAAUCAUACAAAAUCUUCAUACAUAUAUGUUUCGUGUAUGGUUUGCAUUUAAUAUCUUCAUAACAAUAAUCUAUGGUCAUCUACAUCAAGGUGGUCUUUUGCCUGCUUUACAAUAUAUUCAUGAUUGUCCCAUAUUAUCAUCUAAUGGAAUAUCUAUUGUAAAUGAUAUGAAUAAAAAAUUUCUUAUUACUUAUCAUACAUAUAUGCCACCGGGUUAUUUAGUUACAUCAAUGUCAAAAUCAGAAUAUGAACAAAAACUACAAACAAUAAUAAUUGAUCUUAAAGGUGGAAAGCAUGAAGAACUUGAUUUAACAAUUGAACAUUUAUUUAAUGAAUAUCCAAUGAGUAAUAUUCAAAUAUUCGUAUUACUUCCGAAUAUUACUCAAACUCAUCUAACUAAUUUAAAACAACAAAAAUAUCCUUUUCAACUUUUAAAACAAUUUGAACCUCAUCUAGAUUUAGAUCAUGGCUUUGAUGAACUAUUUCAUAUUAAAUAUGAAUGGAUACAUACAAUACGGAAUAAAUAUAAACUUGAUUUAUAUCAAAUAACACAAAAAUUCUAA